UCGUCGUCCACAGGUCUCUUCGCUGGAAUAAUAUUCCUCAUUGCUUCAUUCGUAUCUAUGGGUAUGUACACGAUAUUCGAAGAGCUACGAAACAGUGCGGGCGCUCAGUUGCUGUUUGGAAUCAUGGACCUUUGCAUGUUCAGCAUGACACUUGGAGCGUGUUUAAUCGGACUUUGGAGAAUGAGAGCUCUACAGUAUCGGCUGCAUGCGCAUGGAGAAGUAAUCGACGAAAUUCUUCUUAUAAUUGGCCUGGUUGGAGAAAUUGUCUAUUGCGUUAUUGGCUUGGAUAUCUUUAUUACCAACCGACGAGCACAUAAAUAUUACUCGAUUCUUCCAGCAUUCGUUUUUGUAGUUCGUCUGGUGCAGGUGUUAGUGCAAGCAGCGUUCAUAUUAAUAACUUCGAGGCUUCGUUGUCUGUCACCUUAUACUAUCAAGUAUAAACCUGGCAAGCAAAUGAUCACCUUUUUGCUCGUGGCUAAUGUUACUCUUUUUGUCUUCCAUACAUAUGAAGGUAAGAAAUAA